AUGGCGGAGCGCGCCGGUGGUGGCACAUCCCUGAGGGGGCUGCGGGAACGGAUGGUUGCUGCUGCUAAUGCCAUUGCUGAAGAAAGACGGAGUCAGGGUAGCUUUAGCGCUCUUCCAUCACAGCCCUCAAAUAUAAAAUCAGCAUUUAAACCAGUAAUAGAUGGAUCUGUGCUUAAAAACGAUGUAAAGCAAAGAUUAGCAAAGGAGCGCAGAGAGGAGAAAAAAAGACAAGAUGACGCUAAUAAAGAGACACAACUACUUGAAAAAGAAAGAAAGUCUAAGAUGCUAUAUGAAAAACAGAUGGAAGAAAAGCAGCGAAAGCUGAGGGAACAGAAAGAAAAGGAUGAACAACGGAGAAUAUCUGCAGAAAAAAAGAGAAACGAAAAGUUACAGGAAGAAAGGGAGAGAUUCAAAGCUGCCCUUCAUCGUACACUGGAACGGAGCAGCCGUGUUGAUCAUCAAAAAAGAUGGUCAUGGGAAGGCUCUACAACAGUAAACUAUCAGAAUAAAACUGCCAACAGACAUUCUGUAUCUACUGAAAAGCUUGAACAGGGGACUUCUGGAUUACAUAAACAAGUGUCAUCUGCAAGUCCUCAAAAUUCUGUUGCCAAGAAAACAACAGAAAAGAGGAGAAGCUCAUCUCUGAAUAGAAGGUGUAGCAAACUGCAUUCAUCUACAGAACAAGUGGAAGAAAAAACACCUGGCAUCCACAAUAUAUUCCAAUAUGUAAACAUGCCCCUGCUUAAGCAUAGCAGUGAUGAAUUGAAGAGUACCAUAGUGCCUCACAAGUCAACAGUGGUAAUACCUCCCCAGGAGAAAGUAGACACACCCUCCAAGACAAGCGUGGAAAUGGCCCCCAAGGCAAGUGUGGAAGUGCCCCUGGAGGUGAGCGUGGAAGCACCCCCCAAGGCAAGCUUGGAAGUAUCCCCUGAGGUGAGCGUGGAAGCACCUCCUGAGGCAAGCUUGGAAGUAUCCACCGAGGUGAGCGUGGAAGCACCCCCCGAGGCGAGUGCAGGAACACCUCCCACUAGCGUGGAAACAUCACCUGAGGCAAGCGAGGAUCUGUUCCUUGAGGCGAGUGUGGAUCCGUCCCCACAGGUGAGCAUGGACUCAUCCCCAGAGGUGAGCGUGGACUCGUCCCCAGAGGUGAGCACGGAAGCGUCAUCUGAGGCUAGUGUGGAAGCAUCUCCUGAGGCGCACGUGGAAGCAUCCCCAGAGGAGAGCACAGAAGUGCCCUCUGAGGCAAGUAUGGAGGCGCCCCCCGAGGCCUCCCCUGCGGUGACCAUGGGAAUGUCUUCCAAGAAAUCAGAAACGGACAAACAGGCCUCAAACCCGAUUACGAAGAAGCGCCUACCACCAUCACAGAUACCGUGUUAUAGAUGGUCAUCUUCUCCUACAAGCAGGUGGUGUCCUCCAUCUCCCAUCAGUGCUAGGCAAAUCCAAAAGAAUCGCCCCCCGUCACCUUCACCUGCCACGUCAAAACAGUCGACACAGUUUUCUUUUUCCUGUAGAAUAAUUCCUAUGCAGCGUACCGUAUUUGCACAAAAUGCAUUAGGUACUAUUGGAAUGAAAAGUGAAGCCAUCUCUAACACCAUUAACAGCUCUGAGACUGCAAGCCAAAAGGAUAUGAUCUGUGAAGAGUCUGGUAAUAAAAGCACACCAGGGCCUAUGAAUGCUGAAGAGGCAACAAAAAUUUUGGCAGAGAAACGACGCCUUGCUCGUGAACAAAAGGAAAAAGAGGAAGAAAGACUACAAAAAGAGAUGGAACAAAGAGUUAUUUAAAUAUUCUGUGUCAUCAGGAAAAUGAAAGACAUAGCAAAGAAAGCAGAUGAAGGCCAACAAGAGGAGUUCUCAGAAUUUGGAGAUGGGCAACCACCAAAGGAGAUAAAGAAGGAAGGAAGUCAAGAACAACAAGACCAAAGAGUAGAACUCCAGAAAAGUGAUGCCAAAAUAAAAGCUCAGGAGGAGGCUGACAAACGCAAGAAGGAACACGAGAGAAUUAUGUUACAGAAUUUGCAGGAGAGAUUAGAAAGAAAAAAGAGAAUUGAGGAAAUUAUGAAGCGGACAAGAAGGCCAGAUUCAAAUACCUCAAAGGCUACAGAAACAUUCAGCAAUGAUGCAUAUGAGGAGGACGAGGCAGACGAUGAGGACGAGUCAGAAAGUGACAGUGAUUCCUUUGAUGACAUGCAUCCAUCAGCUUUUAUAAAUGGCACAGAGUCAUCCACAAAACCAAAAACACAUUUUAAAAAUGUGAAGAACACUCGCAAGCUGGUGUUUUUAGAUGAGACUUCGAGCUACAUCCGUAAAGAGACAAAAACACUUUUAAAUUGUGACAUGAAAACCUUCAGACAAAAAAGAGUGAAAGACCCUUUGAAUCAGACAAAGAGUGCCAGAUCCUCCACCAAAAGAACAGCCAACCGAGCAGCCAAAACCGGAAAGGCAGAAACCAGCAACACUGUGGGACCUUCCAAGAGCUUACAUUCAGAGGCACAGGAUUGGAUCUGUGACAAGAUUAUUGACAUCACAAGCGAGAUAGAACCACCGAAGUCCAGUAUGCCUCCUGAUAGCCGAAAACACCAUCUGAAAGGUCCCAUGACAUCCUGCCUAAGUCACCAGCCGCCUAUAGACAACAAGAAAACAAGCAAAUCUGUUUCUGCUCUAUCGGGUGAGGUCCUUGUUUAUCCCCGAUCUUUGGCACCUGGUGCUUUGAGAACAGUGGCAGCCAUUCCCCACUUGGCAUUCAGUACCGGGCCAUCCACUGGGGCUGUUGAACCAGGACAUUCCCUGGUGCGCAGACAACCUGAAGUACGGUCAGAGCACCCUGCUGACAGCCCCGAGGUGAUGGACGCUGACCCGGCCUCCGUGCUUGCCGUAGGCCGAGGGCAGGCCCCUGGCCUCUCCCGGUGGAUUCUGCAGAUAGUGCAUUUCCCACGCCCAUGUCAUCCGCGCCCCCCACUGCCCCCGUGUGCAGUGAAGCUUUUCAAUAGCUCCAAUCCCCGGCAACCAGAAAAACGCGGAUCUCGGAGGGCCGUCAGUUCUCAGGAGUCGCUAACUCACUGGCGAGAGCUAGAGGGUCGCGAGGUGGGCGUAGAACCGCAGCAGCAGCUGGUGCCAGGACGCACAGCCCGGAGGCAGACCGCCCGGCCUGUCCUAUCAGGGCUCAGUCUGAUCCCUGCACACCCUGCAGGCCUGACAGGUUUUGACUCCUUAGCCCCAAAGGGGUUCUGUCCUUCGAUUAGCCCGGGCAUGAGGCCCUCUCCUCCUGCCUCAGCCUUUAGCUGGAUCAUCCUGGAGGCCCUUCCACCUCAGGAGUCUGCAGCAGACACCCAUGUCACUGGGCACCCAACGCCAUCCUGA